AUUGCCCCACUUACAAGGAAAAACAAAAGCUCCAUAGCUCUCUGAGCUCCAUCCCACAUCUUCCCUCUGUCCCUCCACCAGCAUGAACCAAUCCCACCGAGCGGAGCAACUGAUUUGACGCUCUGAAUCCACGAAAAGCUUAAGCUUUGAUCGGGUUGGCCAUCUGGGUGCUCCUGUAAAUGCUCUUUUAUGAAGCCUCCGUGGCCAUUUCCGCAUUUCCCGACUGCAUAAGCUCAUUAGUAGGGUGCAACGUGAGCGCAAAACAUGGACAUUGUUGAAGUUGAAGAAAGUCUCUUUGCAGCGAGUGAUGCCAAGUUACAUGGAGAGAUGUGCAAAACCCUCUCGAUAAGAUAUUGCAAGAUACUGGCAAUAUUCCCUGAGUUGGAAGCGGCAAGACCUAGAAGUAAAUCAGGUAUUCAAGCUUUGUGUUUAUUGCACGUGGCGCUGGAGAAAGCCAAGAAUGUCCUUCAGCAUUGCGCAGAAUGUAGUAAACUCUACUUGGCUGUAACUGGGGAUUCUGUUCUUCUAAAAUUCGAGAAGGCUCGGUCUGCUCUAGUGGAUAGUCUCAAAAGGGUGGAAGAUAUUGUGCCACAAUCCAUUGGUUGUCAGAUCUCCGAGAUUGUAAAUGAGCUUGAAUCUGCUGUGUUUUCGCUGGAGCCAUCGGAAAAGCAAAUUGGGGAGGAUAUAAUUGCUCUGCUCCAGCAGGGACGAAAGUUGAACGAGUGCAAUGAUAAUAAUGAGCUUGAGUCUUUCCAUCAGGCUGCUACUAGGCUAGGCAUCACAUCAUCUCGGGCAGCUCUCGCAGAGAGACGGGCUUUGAAGAAACUUAUUGAAAGGGCUCGGGCAGAGGAGGACAAGCGCAAGGAAUCGAUCGUGGCAUAUCUGUUACAUCUCAUGAGGAAAUACUCUAAACUUUUUAGAAAUGAGUUCUCUGAUGAUAACGACUCUCAGGGUUCUACUCCCUGUUCUCCCACGGUUCAGGGAGCCUUUGAAGAGGGUGGGCCUGGGGGGAUUCACGCUUUUGAUAGGCAGCUGUCGAAGCUCAGCUCCUUCAACUUCAGGCCUAGUAUCAGGAGAUCGGGCCCCAUCCCACCAGUUCCUCCUGAGGAGCUGAGGUGUCCAAUAUCAUUGCAACUUAUGUAUGAUCCUGUGAUUAUCUCUUCAGGGCAGACUUAUGAGAGGGUCUGCAUUGAGAAAUGGCUGAGUGACGGACAUAAUACCUGUCCGAAAACCCAGCAGAACCUGGCCCACUUAGGUUUGACUCCGAAUUACUGCGUGAAGGGCCUAAUUACCAGCUGGUGUGAUCAACACAGGGUUCCAAUGCCCGAUGGCCCUCCUGAAUCACUCGACCUUAACUAUUGGAGGCUUGCUCUAUCUGAUUCCGAGUCUGUGAACUCGAGGUCAAUUGAUAGUGUCAGGUCUUGCAAGUUGAAGGGCGUGAAGGUGGUCCCGCUGGAGGAGAGCGGGACCAUCGAGGAGGAAGGGAAUGAGAUCGAGAUCGAGAACGAGAACGAGAAGGAGAAUCUGUAUGAAGAAGAGGAGGACCUGGGGCUUAAUGGCUUAGAGAGUCACGAGGACCUUCUUGCGGUUCUUAAUGGAGAGGGGGAUAUGGUGAAGAAGUGCAAAGUGGCCGAGCAGGUACGGCGAAUGCUGAAGGACGAUGAGGAGGCGAGGAUUUUUAUGGGAGCAAAUGGGUUUGUUGAGGCCCUCUUGAAGUUCCUAGAGUUGGCGGUCCAUGGUCGGGACCUCGUGGCUCAAGAAGUUGGGGCUAUGGCGCUGUUUAAUCUUGCUGUUAACAACAACAGAAACAAGGAAUUGAUGUUAUCAGCCCAAGUGAUCCCUCUGCUCGAGGAAAUGAUCUCGAACCGGAACUCUCAGGGGCCUGCAACGGCCCUGUACCUUAAUCUCUCCUGCCUCGAAGAUGCCAAACCCAUAAUCGGGUCUAGCCAGGCCAUUCCGUUCUUAGUCCGUCUUCUGAGGGACAAAACUGAUCCGCAGUGCAAGCUUGAUGCUCUCCACACCCUCUACAACCUUUCCACCUACAAUGGAAAUAUCCCCAGCAUACUGAAAUCAGGCAUUAUCCCUGCCCUCCAGUCCCUCCUGGCGACGUCUGAGGACCACAACUGGGCUGAGAAGUCCAUCGCUGUCCUUGUCAACCUGGUGUCAAAUCAACCGGGGAGGGACGAGAUGAGGUCUAGCUCAGAGCUCAUCGCCACGCUCGCCACCGUCCUUGAUACGGGGAGCCCUGCUGAGCAAGAGCAGGCCGUCCUCUGCCUCCUGGUUCUCUGCAGCGGGAACAACAAGUGCAUACAGAUGGUCCUGCAAGAAGGGGUCAUCCCUGCCUUGGUGUCGGUCUCGGUGAACGGGACGACAAGGGGGAGGGAGAAGGCCCAGAAGCUGCUGAUGAUCUUCCGGGAGCAGAGGCAGAGAGAGCACUCCCCUCCUCAGGUGUCAUCCCAGCGAAAUAACCACCAGCCACAGCAGCAGCAGCAGCCGCCGCCGCCACCACUGCCCGAGACAAGCUAUAACAAGGCGAUGGCGGCCUCAGAGGGGAAGCCGUACUGCAAGUCGACUUCGAGGAGGAAGAUGGGCAAAGGGUGGAGCUUUCUGUGGAAGACCAAGAGCUACUCUGUGUACCAGUGCUGAGGAUCGUUGUAAAUUUUCCCUUUUUUCCUUUUUUUUUGGCUCCUUCCGGCUGUCAUAUUACCUUUUCCCUCUUCUUCCUCUCAAAGGGCACUGUCAGGUGGUAAUAGAUAUAAGCUCGUAGCUGCCUUUCUAUUUGACUGAGGUUUUUGGUUCCUAAGAGAAGUGUACAGUACAUACAGAGCUCCCCCCUUCCAUGUAUGUAAUCAAAUGCAUUUUUGUUCCCCCUUCA